UUAAGUGGGACCAUUAAGCCUUUAACCAUUAACCUGAAAAUGGUUCUCCUACUUGCGACCAUUCAAACACCAAAAAAGUGUUAGCCGCCAAUGAUCCCUUUGUUGCUAUAUUCGUUUUCUCCAAGUGGCGUAAGUGGAUAUAAUUAAGAAAAGUUUUAAAGUGAGAUUAAGUGAGAUCUCACUCACAUCCCUAGAGUCCGCUAAGGGGUAUGGAAGCGCCCAUGAACAGCUCCAUCUCAUGUAUAGGCUACAUCAAGGCUUACUUUCUCUUUGAGUACGAACCAACAAGUUGGGUGACUCGAUCCUGCUAUGUCACCGCCACCAUCAGCACCAUAUCCGCCGUACCAGCGACGUUCCUGAACCUUCUGGUGAUAGCAGCCAUUGCCCGCUCUAGCACCCUACGAUCACCCUCCUUUCUGCUUAUCUGCAGUAUGGCGGUCAGUGACCUCUUGGUGGGACUACUCUUCCAGCCGAGGUUCACGGUGCUAAGGGUGGCGGAGGCUAUGGGGGAUUUCGACGUGUACUGCCAUGCGGCUUAUCUGGCUAGUUUUGGUAAUGUGGUGAUCAUGAUGUCAGUGAUGACCGUUGCGAUGAUUAGCAUCGACAGAUAUCUGGCGCUUCAUCUAAAAAAUAGGUACAAGGUAGUGGUGACGAAAGGCCGUGUGGUGAAGACACUACUUCUGCUGUGGACUCUCUCGAUUUGCCUCGGAGCUGUAAUGCCACUGAUCUCCAUUACCGUCUCCAACGUCCUUCUUGUCACCCUCAUCUGGCCUGUCCUGCCAUCGCCUCCUAUCUCAAGUGCUGCCACACCAUACGGCGCCUCUACCGUCGUAACGGAACCCAGAGUAGACCGGUGAAUCGAGGUCAAAACAACACACCCCGGAGCCCCACUGCACAUGUCACCAAUGGCAACCAUCUCGCCCCUAGCAACCCCAACCGCCCUAGCAAUGCAGUCUCAGGUAACCAGGCCACGACUAGUCAAGAUUCUUGCGAGAACAUAAAAAGUAACGAGACAUGGUCGCGAGACAUUGUCUCCUCAGCAUCCCCGCAUCUUGCUGUUUCUUGUGGAAGACAAGACAGCCCGGUACAAAGCUCGAUACUUCGCCCACACCAUGCCAAGCGCAAUCCACAAUGCUCUUCAAUCAGUCUGCAUUCAUGCACCGCCGAUUCUGUUAUCGCUGGAAACAAGGUCAGUUCGGCUUACUGCCAGCACAUGUCCAAUGGUCAUCAGAGCACGAAACAAGGUCCAGCCAGUCAGAACGCUCAAGAUAGACAAGCAAGGCAGAACGCACAAAAUAAUCGAGCCAGACAGAACGCACAAGAUAGUCAAGCCAGUCAGAACGCACAAGAUAGUCAAGCCAGGCAGAACGCACAAGAUAGUCAAGCCAGUCAGAACGCACAAGAUAGUCGAGCCAGGCAGAACGCGCAAGAUAGUCAAGCCAGUCAGAACGCGCAAGAUAGUCAAGCCAGGAAGAACUCGCUAGAUAGUCAAGCCAGUCAGAACGCGCAAGAUAGUCAAGCCAGGCAGAACGCGCUAGAUAGUCAAGCCAGGCAGAACGCGCUAGAUAGUCAAGCCAGGCAGAACGCGCAAGAUAGACAAGCCAGGCAGAACGCGCUAGAUAGUCAAGCCAGGCAGAACGCGCAAGAUAGACAAGCCAGGCAGAACGCGCUAGAUAGACAAGCCAGGCAGAACGCGCUAGAUAGUCAAGCCAGGCAGAACGCGCAAGAUAGACAAGCAAGGCAGGACAUGAUAAAUCUCGCAAAGUACGAAAGGGUGUCCCGAACUAUGAUGAUCCAUGUCGUUCUUCUUUUCGCUUGCUACGUUAUUUAUAUCGUUAUUGGCCCGAUCUUGUAUUACCAAAUUGGCUUUAACGGGUGGAUCAAGUUUAUCACCGAUGUUGGUAUGCUGUUGAUACUCCUUAACUCUUUGCUCAACCCGAUUAUUUACUUAGUGCGCAUGCGUGAGAUAAGAAGGGCAUGUCUAUCCUUGCUUAAGUGUUGUGCUGGGAAAUAGAGGGGCGGGGCAGAAGCGGAGAGGGCGUAGAGUGCUGCAAGUGGUCUGGGCUUGAGGAGACGCCCCCUACUGAAAUUAUUGGCACGUCAUUCUUCCACACCAAUAUGUAUUCUUGGAGUGCAUCCUUAUCGGGGCUAUGUGUAUGAUAUAUAUAUGAACAAUAAGCGGAGAUACAGUGAGUUUUGUCGAGUUUUAUUCUACUUUAUUGUUGGUAAAGUGUAUGAUGGGAAAUUCGUAGAUCGAAAUAGCAGAUAUCAUAUAUAAAUAUGUAUGUGUGUAAUAUCCAUUCAUUUUUAGAAGUAUCCAAAUUGUGUUAUACUUGUCGUAAAUGUCAUCAAAAUAUACACGAAUUAAGCACUUUUUUCUUGUUUACCUCGAAAGGUUGAGGGCUUAUUACAACGAUAUGAGUCAUAAUUUGUCAUUUUAAAUCCUCAUUUCAUCAUUUUUUGUUUGUUAUUUAUAAGAAAUAUCAUUUACCAGUUCUCAGACCCCAUACAAUGUCCUUAGACAACAUACACUGUUCUCAGACCUACAUACAAUGUUCUCAGACCUACAUACAAUAUUCUCAGACCUCAUACAAUGUUCUCAGACCUACAUACAGUAUUCUCAGACCUACAUACAGUAUUCUCAGACCUACAUACAAUGUUCUCAGACCUCAUACAGUAUUCUCAGACCUACAUACAAUGUUCUCAGACCUACAGACAGUAUUCUCAGACCUACAUACAAUACUCUCAGACCUACAUACAAUGUUCUCAGACCUCAUAAAAUAUUCUUAGACCUACAUACAAUAUACUCAGACCUACAUACACUGUUCUCAGACCUCAUACAAUGCCCUUAGAUAACAUACAGUAUGCUCAGACCUACAUACAAUGUUCUCAGACCUCAUACAAUGUCCUUAGACAACAUACAAUAUUCUCAGACCUACAAUGUUCAAAGACCAUUUGCAAUAUUCACACAUCCCAUAGAAUGUCGAUUAGGGAAUAACACUUAACUCAUGAAAAACGUUUCAAGAACUGUGGUGAAGUACCAAAUUAUUUACUAAUAUUAUAGGUAGAAUUUAACGUACAAGAGUCAUUCUCCGGCAGGAUUAUUCGUGAUAAAGAAAAACGGUGGGCGGUUGUAAUUUUCUAUUUACUUACCGCGAUUUUCAAUAUUCUUCAAAAUCUUGUGAAUCUUGACAACUGUUUAACCUUCUUAGCAACGGAAUUACCAUUUGGUGCGUUUAAUUGGUUUGCGCCUUCCUCGUGAUUCGAAACCAUUCCAGUGCUAGCUAAGGAAAAAAAACCUCCGAGGGUUUUGAAUGACGAGAACAGACGUUUUAGCUGAUGGAAAGUUGCAAUAGUUCGCAGGAUGUUAAAAACAACAGUAAAUCACAAGCUAAUGCGGGGAAUGGAUGCCUGAGUAGUUGGUAAACAUAUUUCUAACUUUGGCACUGUAAGUUGUAUGAGUUUGAUUACGAUUUCAUCCUUUUUAUUCACUAGAAUAAAAAUACCCUUAUUUUGUUAUUAUGGUCCUCACUUGUAAUCUCUUCACUUGUUUCCCUUGAAAUAAAAUACAAAUCUCCGAAAUGAUCGCACUCAAAAGCACGUGCCGCCUUAACCAGUCUUAGUUCUACCGAUUUAAAGGAUUAAAGGAUAUUAAUUCCUCGUUUAAUCCCCUCCAGACUUAAACAAUUAUUAUUAAGAUGCAGAAAGUCACUUUUCAUUUCCUGAUCUGUUUAUAACUUGGAGAUUCUUAAAAAGGCUUCGUUAUUAAAAUGCUCAGCACAAACAGCCCGCCCUAAACGCGUAGCGAUAAAGAAGCGGGUAAUUCCUGACAAAACUGAGCAACAAUCGCAGAUUACAAAGACUUCUUGUGAAUAUAAACUCUUUAGUGUUUUGCAAUACGUUCCAAAUCCUUGGGAAUCUAAACGCUGUCAGGACGUGAUCGUUUAAACAACCUUUUUCGAUAACUGCAGGCUUUUAAAACACCGACACCAAUAUUCAACAAAACAAUACGUCUGACGCAUGAAGGCGGAAAGACUUCUUCACAACUUCUUCCCACCAGCUUUAACUCGA